AUGCCCUCCCCGCAGCUGCUCCUGCCUCUGCUGCUCAUCACCGGCAUCACCGGGCCCGCCUUGGUGGCCGGGCGGCUGCCAGAGCCUGGGAGCCACCCUGGUGUGUGCCCCAACCAGCUCAGCCCCCACCUGUGGGUAGACGCCCAGAGCACCUGUGAGCGCCAGUGCACCGGGGACCAGGACUGUGUGGCCUCUGAGAAGUGCUGUACCAAUGUGUGUGGGCUGCAGAGCUGCGUGGCCGCCCGCUUCCCUGACGGUGGCCUCCUGGCAUCGGCGGCGGCGGCGGCCUCCUGCGAGGGCUUCCAGUGCCCGCAGCAGGGUGCUGACUGCGACAUCUGGGGUGGGCAGCCUGUGUGCCGCUGCCGAGACCGCUGCGAGAAGGACCCCAGCUUCACCUGCGCCUCGGACGGCCUCACCUACUACAACCGCUGCUACAUGGACGCCGAGGCCUGCCUCCACGGGCUCCGCCUGCACGUGGUGCCCUGCAAGCAUGUCCUCAGCUGGCCGCCCAGCAGCCCCGGGCCGCCUGAGACCACCGCCCGCCCAACUCCUGAGGCCACCCUGAUGCCACCUGCCCUGUACAGCAGUCCUUUACCGCAGGUGGUGCACGUGGGAGGCACGGCCAGCCUCCUCUGUGAUGUCAGCGGCCAGCCACCGCCCACGGUGACCUGGGAGAAGCAGAGCCACCAGCGGGAGAACCUCAUCAUGCACCCCGACCAGAUGUACGGCAACGUCGUGGUCACCAGCAUCGGGCAGCUGGUACUCUACAACGCCCGGCCGGAGGAUGCCGGCCUGUAUACCUGCACCGCACGCAACGCGGCCGGGCUGCUGCGUGCCGACUUUCCCCUCUCUGUGGUGCAGCGUGCGCUGGCCAGGGACCGGGCUCCGGGAGUUCCAGCCCCGGCCCAGUGCCUGCCCGACACGCAGGCCUGCGCCAGCCUCUCCGCGCCCCACCGCGUCCUCUGGCACUUUGACCCUCCGAGGGGCAGCUGCAUGACCUUCCCGGUCCUCGAAUGCGACGGAGCCAUGCAGGGCUUUGAGACGUAUGAGGCCUGCCAGCAGGCCUGUGCCCGCAGCCCCGGAGACACCUGCCUGCUGCCCGCCGUGCAGGGGCCGUGCCAGGGCUGGGAACCACGCUGGGCCUACAGUCCACUGCUGCAGCAGUGUCACCCCUUCAUGUAUAGUGGGUGUGAGGGCAACAGCAACAACUUCGAGAGCCGGGAGAGCUGUGAGGAGGCCUGCCCGGUGCCGCGCAGGCCGCCUUGCAGGGCCUGUCGCCUCCAGAGCAAGCUGGCUCUGAGCCUGUGCCGCAGUGACUUUGCCAUCGUGGGGCGGCUCACGGAGGUGCUGGAGGAGCCUGAGGCCGCAGGGGGCGUCGCCCGCGUGGCCCUCGACGAUGUGCUCAAGGAUGACAAGAUGGGUCUCAAGUUCCUGGGCACCAGGUACCUGGAGGUGACCCUGAAUGGUAUGGACUGGUCCUGCCCCUGUCCCAAUGUGACCGUGGGUGAUGGGCCGCUGGUUAUUAUGGGUGAGGUGCGUGAUGGUGUGGCUGUCCUGGAUGCUGGCAGCUAUGUCCGUGCUGCCAGUGAGAAGCGUAUCAAGAAGAUCAUGGAGCUGCUGGAGAAGAGGACCUGUGAUCUGCUCAAUCGCUUCCAAGACUAGCCUUGCUUGCCAGCCUUACU